UAUGGAUCGAGUGUCAACACAAUGCUGUUCGCGCGGUCAGGCCUUGCUUCACCACUCGUACCAUUGACAGCUGUAUCUACUGCUACGUCAGGAUCUCAACCCUACGCUUCGUUUACCCAUAAUACUGCGAGCUAUGAUCGAGACAACAAACAUUACCUCUCGGUGCCACUUCCAACGCAGCAAAAGCAGCAAUCGUCUUGUAGAAGCCUGCGAAGCUCUUGAGCAUAGUAAAUAUGAAAGGAAGGAUAAAGCAGAGGCUUCGUUGGAGGCUCUUUUUGGGGAGGCUGGGAUCAGGAGGAAGUGUGAUGCGAACAGCGAUGAGGUCGGGGAAACAAUGCAACGACAUGGCGGACGGCAGGUUCUAUAUCGUGAUAUUCUGGUAAACGGAGAGUGUAACUGGUUCACAUGGGCGGAUAGUAUUGGAAGCAGUCUGGAUGAUUAUUCGCGGCGUUUCAAGAUCGUGUACUGCUGCUCAAUGCUCAGCGUAUUACUGAUGGUAUUGAUAUUCUGGUGUCAUGGUGAUCGAACGAUAUGGAGCCCACCAUAUUUCAGCCGGAACGCCUUUGCUACAUGAUAUCAGGCCAAUCGGGCCUAGGUACUCCAGCUUCUUUUAAGCGAAUU